GUGAUGUUGCAUGCAUACUGUAACCAGCCAUCUAGCUAAUCAUAAACAGUCAACGCAGCUGUUUCUAGCACGAGCUGCAUCCCAUCAACACAGCUGCCUCGGAUUCGAACACACCAGUGUCAACCCACCGACACAGAGGAAGAACACACUGAAAAAGGGCAUUUUAAUUAUAGGCAGCUUAACCCCUUUUUAGAGGUUACGAAAGACUGGACCCCCCAAAAAACUGGACCUCUGCCUCUGUAUGGAAAAAUCCCCCUUGCCUGAGGAAACAGGAGCCAAACCGGCAGGACGACCCACUGUGUGGAGCAACACAGCAGGCACACCACCAUGUUCAGCCUGAUCAAAAAGGACAAGGAGAAGGAUGGAGGGAAGAAGGAGAAGGAUAAGAAGGACAAAAAGGAGAGGAUGUCUGCGGCGGAGCUGCGCAGCCUGGAGGAGAUGAGCAUGAGGCGUGGCUUCUUCAACCUCAAGAGGGAGUCGAAGCGGGAUUCCAAGAACAAGCUGGAGAUCUCCAACCCCAUUCCCAUCAAGGUGGCCAGCAGCCACGAGCUCAGCCUCACUGACAUCGAGUCAGACGGCCUGAGCAACCGCAGUAGCAUGGUGCUGGACGCAGACGGCCUGAGCGCUGCCAGCUCCACCGAUGACCUAAAGGGCGAUGGGAGUGGCGGUCUGGAAAAGGACCGGGGCUCGGUGCGAGACCGCGUGGCCCACUUUGGCUCAAUGGCCAAGCACAACUCCUCUCAGGUCAUGAAGCGUUUCUCCUUCUCCCAGAGGAGCAAAGAGGAAAGCCCCUCAGAGACCUCCACGCCCUCGGGACAGAACUCAGCCACUCCGUCCCCGCAGGUGGAGAACAAGGUGUUCGAAUCACAGCACAAGCACAGCCUCCAGCAGCCGGGGCCGGGGGUCGGGCCAGCACCUUGGCCAGUACCGGUCAAGAAGGCCCGCAUCCCUGAGGUGGUGGACAAAACCUUCCCUGCUGACCUGAGGCUCCCGGCCGUCAUCCCUCCACAGUCUCCAGAGCCGCGGGAGCUGGAACUCCAGCGCCGCAACACGGGCGACUUCGGCUUCUCCCUGCGCCGCACCACCAUGCUGGACCGCGGAGCCGACGGAGGGGUCUACCGGAGGGUGGUGCACUUCGCCGAGCCCGGGGCCGGCACAAAGGACCUGGCCCUGGGGCUGGUGCCGGGAGACCGUCUAGUGGAGAUCAACGGGGGAAACGUGGAGAACAAGACCCGGGACGAGAUUGUGGAGAUGAUCCGUCAGUCUGGGGACACGGUGAGGCUGAAGGUGCAGCCCAUACUGGAGCUGAGUGAGCUCAGCCGCUGCUGGCUGAGGAACACAGACGGCCAGCGACGGGAGGCCUUGGAUGGACAGGUGGACGAGGAUCCCGUGGCCAUCCUUCAGGUGUCUCACGCCGCUGCCCAACAACCCAAGGUGAAGACAGAGGAGCAGAUAGCCGCAGAGCAGACAUGGUACGGCUCAGAGAAGGUCUGGCUGGUCCACAAGGAUGGCUUCUCCCUGGCGACGCUGCUGAAGACGGAGGCAGGCUCUCUGCCAGAGGGGAAGGUGAAGAUCAAACUGGAACAUGACGGGACAGUACUGGACGUAGAUGACGAUGACGUGGAGAAGGCGAACCCCCCAUCUUUUGACCGCUCUGAGGACCUGGCCUCGCUGCAGUACCUCAAUGAGUCCAGUGUGAUGCACUCCCUGCGGCAGCGCUACGGGGGAAACCUCAUCCACACACACGCCGGGCCCAACAUGAUCAUCAUCAAUCCCCUCAGCGCUCCCUCCAUGUACUCCGAGAAGGUGAUGCACAUGUUUAAGGGGUGCAGGCGAGAGGACACGGCACCUCACAUCUACGCGGUGGCUCAGUCGGCCUAUAGGAACCUGUUGACCACGCGUCAGGACCAGUCCAUCGUGCUGCUGGGGAAGAGCGGCAGCGGCAAGACCACCAACUGUCAACACCUGGUCCAGUACCUGGUCUCCAUUGCUGGCAGCACCGGAAAGAUCUUCUCUGGGGAGAAGUGGCAGGCAGUAUACACCAUCCUGGAAGCAUUUGGAAACAGCUCCACCUCCAUGAACACCAACGCCAGCCGCUUCUCUCAGAUUGUCUCUCUGGACUUUGACCAGGCUGGCCAGGUGGCCUCCGCAUCCGUACAGACCAUGCUGCUUGAGAAGCUGAGAGUGACCAAACGGCCGGAGACUGAGUCCACCUUCAACAUCUUCUACUACAUGAUGUCCGGAGCUGACAGCACUCUCAGAACGGAGCUGCACUUUAACCACUUUGCAGAGAACAGCGCCUUCGGAAUUGUGCCUCAGUCUAAACUGGAGGACAAACAGAAGUCGUCUCAGCAGUUCACCAAGCUGCAGGCAGCCAUGAAGGUGCUGGGCAUCUCAGUGGAGGAGCAGAGGGCUCUGUGGCUCAUCCUGGGGGCCAUCUACCACCUGGGGGCCGCAGGAGCCACCAAAGAGGCUGAAGAAGCUGGCCGUAAGCAGUUUGCCCGUCAUGAGUGGGCCCAGAAGGCUGCCUACCUGCUGGGCUGCACCCUGGAGGAGCUCUCCUCUUCUAUCUUCAAGCACCAGGUCAAGGGUGCCCUGCAGAGGUCCACCUCCUUUCGCGGGGGGCCCGACGAGGCCGGGGCAGGAGACAGCUCAGUCUCUAAGAUCACAGCCCUGGAUUGUCUGGAGGCCAUGGCUUCAGGCCUGUACUCAGAGCUCUUCACCCUCGUUAUCUCCCUCGUUAACAGAGCUCUGAAGUCCAGUCAGCACUCUCUGUGCUCUCUGCUCAUCGUGGACACACCGGGUUUCCAGAACCCUCGCAUGGCCAAGCGCCAGCGCGGUGCCACCUUCGAGGAGCUGUGCCACAACUACGCCCAGGAGCGCCUGCAGACCCUGUUCCACGAACGCACCUUUGUACAGGAGCUGGAGAGAUAUAAGGAGGAAAACAUAGAGCUUGCAUUAGAUGACAUAGGGUCCAGUACCUCAAUGUCUGUAGCAGCUAUAGACCAAGCAUCAACCCAAGCGCUGGUGCGCACCCAUCUGAGGACAGAUGAGGCUCGAGGUCUGCUGUGGCUGAUGGAGGAGGAGGCUGUGCAGCCAGGGGGCUCUGAGGACACUCUGCUGGAGAGACUCUUCAGUUACUACGGCCCCGACCAGGGGGACAACAAGGGACACGCCCUGCUCCUGAAGAGCGACAAGCCGCAUCACUUCCUGUUGGGCCACAGCCACGGGACAGCCUGGGUGGAGUACGAUGCUCAGGGUUGGCUGAGCCACGCCAAGCAGAACCCCGCCUCCCAGAACGCUGCCACUCUGCUGCAGGACUCACAGAAGAAGAACAUCAGCAGUCUGUUCUCUAGUCGUAGUGGAGGGCCCACAGUGCUGUCUGGCUCCAUCGCAGGGCUGGAGGGGGGAUCUCAGCUGGCCCUCCGUAGAGCCACUAGCAUGAGGAAGACCUUCACCACCGGCAUGGCCGCCGUCAAGAAGAAGAGCCUCUGUAUCCAGAUCAAACUGCAAGUGGAUGCUCUGCUGGACACGGUGCGCAGGUCAAGGGUUCACUUUGUCCACUGCCUGCUGCCCAAGGCAGACGCGCUGGGAGUUGGCAUGGAGCCGCGCGUGGCCCAUGGAGAGAGCUGCGACUCAGGCCUCAUGCAGCUGGAUGUGGGCCUCCUGAGAGCUCAGCUCCGUGGAUCUAAGCUUAUCGACGCCUUGCGCAUCUACAGACAAGGAUACCCUGAUCACAUGGUGUUCUCUGAGUUUCGACGGCGCUUUGAUGUGCUGGCACCCCACCUGACCAAAAAGCACGGAUGCCACUACAUGGUCACAGACGAGAAGAGGGCUGUGGAGGAGCUGUUGGAGUCUCUGGACUUGGAGAACAGCAGUUACCACAUGGGCCUGAGCAGGGUGUUCUUCAGAGCGGGGACCCUGGCCAAACUGGAGGAGCAGAGAGAUGUCCAGACCAGACGCAACAUCACCAUGUUCCAGGCUGCCUGCAGAGGAUACCUGGCCAGACAGGCUUUCAAGAAGAGGAAGAUCCAGGACCUGGCUAUCCGCUGUAUCCAGAAGAACAUCAAGAAGAACAAGGGAGUGAAGGGCUGGCCCUGGUGGAAGGUGUUCACCACAGUUCGCCCCCUUAUAGAGGUCCAGCUCACAGAGGAGCAGAUACGCGGCAAAGACGAGGAGAUCCAGCAGCUGAAAGGGAGGCUGGAGAAGGUGGACAAGGAGAGGAACGAGCUGAGACUAAACAGUGACCGCCUGGAGAGCAGGAUCACAGAGCUCUCGUCAGAGCUGGCAGACGAGAGGAACACAGGAGAGUCGGCCUCUCAGCUGCUGGAGUCCGAGACCUCAGAGAGACUGAGACUGGAGAAAGACAUGAAGGACCUGCAGACUAAGUUUGACUCGAUGAAGAAGUCUAUGGACUCUAUGGAGAUGGAGGUGAUGGAGACCAGACUCCUCAGAGCCUCUGAGCUCAAUGGAGAGAUGGACGAUGACGACACAGGGGGAGAGUGGAGACUGAAGUAUGAGAGGGCCAUCAGAGAGACAGAGUUCACCAAGAAGAGGUUACAGCAGGAGUUUAUUGACAAGCUGGAGGUGGAGCAGCAGAACAAACGGCAGCUGGAGAGGAGGCUAAGUGACCUCCAGGCAGACAGUGAGGAGGGGCAGCGUACGGCCCAGCAGCUGAAGAAGAAGUGCCAGAGAUUGACGGCUGAGCUACAGGACACCAAGCUACACCUGGAGGGCCAGCAGAGCCGCAACCACGACCUGGAGAAGAAACAGAGGAAGUUUGACUCGGAGCAGAACCUGUCUCAGGAUGAGGUCCAGAGGGAGAAGAAUCUUAGAGAGAAGCUGAGCAGAGAGAAGGACAUGCUGACUGGAGAAGUGUUCAGCCUGCGACAGCAACUGGAGGACAAGGACCUGGAGAUGUGUGCACAGAAUGUGAAGUUAGAACAGCUGGAGGCGGAGCUGUUGGACCUGUCGUCCCAGGAGACCAAGGACGAGGCAUCACUGUCCAAGGUGAAGAAGACGAUGCGUGACCUGGAGGCCAAGGUCAAAGACCAGGAAGAGGAGCUGGAUGAACAGGCCGGAACUAUACAGAUGCUGGAGCAGGCUAAGCUGCGUCUGGAGAUGGAGACAGAGAGACUGCGCCAGACACACUCCAAGGAGAUUGAGAGUAAAGACGAGGAGGUGGAGGAGAUCAGACAGUCCUGCAGUAAGAAGCUGAAGCAGAUAGAAGUCCAGCUGGAGGAGGAGUAUGAUGACAAACAGAAGGUUCUACGUGAGAGGAGAGAACUGGAGACCAAGCUGCUGUCUGCCCAGGACCAGGUGAAACCCAGAGACGUGGAGACGGAGAAGAGGCUGAAGAAGGAUCUGAAGCGCACCAAGGCCCUGCUGGCUGAUGCCCAGAUCAUGCUGGACCACAUGAAGAACAACGCCCCAAGCAAGAGAGAGAUCGCCCAGCUCAAAAACCAGCUGGAGGAGUCAGAGUUCACCUGUGCGGCAGCAGUGAAGGCCCGUAAAUCUAUGGAGGUGGAGAUUGAGGACUUGCAUGUGCAGAUGGACGACAUCUCCAAAGCCAAACAGGCUCUGGAAGAGCAGUUGAGCAGGCUGUUGAGGGAGAAGAAUGAUCUGCAGUCUCGUAUGGAGGAGGACCAGGAGGAUAUGAACGAGCUCAUGAAGAAGCACAAGUCAGCUGUCGUCCAGUCGACCCAGAACCUAGCCCAGAUCUCUGACCUACAAGCCCAGCUGGAGGAGGCCCUCAAGCAGAAGCAGGAUGUCCAGGAGAAGCUCUCGGCACUGCAGAGCCAGCUGGAGUUCCAGGAGACGUCUAUGGUGGAGAAGUCCCUGGUCAGCAGGCAUGAGGCCAAGAUCCGAGAGAUGGAGACCAAGAUGGAGUUUGAGAAAACGCAGGUCAAACGCUUGGAGAGCCUGGUAGCCCGUCUGAAGGAGAACCUUGAGAAGCUAACAGAGGAGCGGGAUCACCGCAGCACCAGCGAGACCCGGGAGAAGGAGCAAAACAAGCGGCUCCAGAGACAGAUCAGAGAUAUCAAGGAGGAGAUGGGAGAGCUGGCCAAGAAGGAGGGAGAGGCCAGCCGCAAGAAACAUGAGCUGGAAAUGGAUAUUGAAAGCUUGGAGGCAGCCAAUCAGAGCCUGCAGGCAGACCUUAAACUAGCCUUCAAGAGGAUUGGUGACCUCCAGGCCGCCAUCGAGGACGAUAUGGAGAGUGACGGCAACGAGGACCUCAUCAGCAGUUUACAAGACAUGGUGACAAAGUAUCAGAAAAGAAGGAACAAAACUGAGGGAGACUCAUCUGACUCGGAGAUUGAAGACUGUGUGGACGGGGUCAAGUCCUGGCUGUCCAAAAACAAGGGAUCUACCAAGAACCUCUCAGAUGAUGGCAGCCUCAAGAGCUCCAGAUUUGCCGUAAACGUAGACGCAAAGGAAGGGAAAGAGUGGAAAGAGGGUAAGGAAUGGAAAGAGUUUAACAAAGAGGGCAAAGAGAAAGAGGUAGAUUCGAGAAGGCCGGUGUCUGUGAUGAGUUCCCUGAGCUACAGGAAGCACUCCAACAUCAAUGACUCCAUCGGAGGUAAAGGGGACGACAGCUCCCUCAAGAAGGGACAGGACUCCCAGGAGUCUAUCACCACCUUCCGUAAGGCCAAGCCCAAAUGCUCCUCACCCCAGGGUGACUCCAGCUCCUGGAGGAAGUCCCAGACUGGGAACGAUGAUGACCGUGGCUCGGUUAUCUCCCAGGCCUACACUGAAGCCACCAGCAGGGCUAGGAAGGGCAUGGACAGCCGCUGGGGAGACUUCGACAAAGAGUCCACCGUGUCCUCCAUGGCCCCCAGCCGGGCCUGCGUUGCCACCACGCGCUUUGGCCUGAGCCCAGAGGACGACACCAAGUCGACCAUCAGCCUGGGUAUGUCCAGUCCCCUGAGCCGCCGCAGCACUUCUGCACACCGUACGGACGAGUCAUAUGGAAGAAGUGGUCGCUGCCCAAGCAGCCCCUCUGUUAGUCGUCGUUCUGGGGGCAGGAGCCCUGGCAGCGUAAGCCGUGCUGACUCACGCAUAUCUGACUUCCGCAGCUGCCGCCUCAGCGAGUUUGAUGACAUGGAGGAUGGGCACAGCGUGGCCUUCACUGAGCGCUCCUCGGCCUACAGCCCCCACUCCUCCACGGGACGCAGCCUGUCCAUGCCCCCGCCACCCGCCCGCUCCUACAGAGAUGAUGACGAGCUCCCUGACACCUCAGACGUCAAGCCGGCCACUGUCAGCCACCGCAACUACCUGGACCCCGACCUGGAGAAGGCCAUCAACGAGGUGCUCAACUUCAAACCCAUCAAAUUCAAACGCACCAGCCUGGAAGACUCAGAGGCCGAGGCAGGGAGGAAAGAGGACGACACAGAGGACGACAGGAAGAGUGUGGUUAGCGUCAGGGGGAGAGGCGACAGGAAGAGUGUGCUUAGCGUCAGGGGGAGAGACGACAGGGAGGACGACAGCAGGCGCAGCACCAGCAGUCUGAGACGCUCAGCGUCGGCCGUGGAUUGUAGGAGGUCCUCCAGCAGUAUGAGCAGCCGCAGCCACAGCCACAGCGGAAAGAAGAACAAAGGCAAGAAGAAGAAAAGGAGCCACAGCUCCGAGUCAGACAGCUCCGAUGAAGACCGCAGCAGCAAGAAGGACAGCUCCAAGAACAAAGGCAAGAAGUCCAAAAAGACGUCCAAAAAGGAGUCCUCUUCUUCAUCCUCAUCCUUGGAUUCAGAGUCUGACUCAGAGUCUGGCUCCAGUUCUGGUGCUUCUACCAUCUCCUACCAAAGCACCAACAGCGUGAAGAGAGCCCCUGGCCACCAGGCCUCUAGCCCAGAGGGGGAGAGGGAGGUGGGGACGCCUGCUGAGGGGCAGCCCCCUCCUAACAAGAAGGAGGAGAAGAAUAGGAAGAAGAAAGUGGACAACCUGAUGAUGAAGUAUCUGUACAGACCGGACAGUGACUGAGGCUGGCAUCCUCCUAGCCGAAGACGUUUCUGCUUGGACAAAUCUGACGAAGAAGAGGAGGAAGAACAAAAAGAAGGUGGUGCGUCUCGAGGGUCCUACCGCUCCAGAUAUACACGUGGCAGCUACCUGAACAACAGUGACAGUGAAGACAAGCCCUCUGAGACAACGUAGUUAACACACACCAGCCAACACACGCUGCAUGUUGAGAGGGCCCCAGUGGUGCACGAUUGGACUCACUGUGCUGUUAUCACACACGUUCACACACUCACAACCACUCUGUUCUUCUAACCCUGCAACAUGGCAAUGAUACUAUGACUGUCAUUAUUAUUCUACUAUUACAAAACAGCUUGCAUUGCUAAGGUCUAGAGAAGGUGCCAUAGUACGUCAGUGUACAGUACACAACACCAAUGGUUUCUCUCACUCUCCACUCCACUGGGCCAACCCUGUCUUAAUGUAUUUCACCAGUCACAUGUGACUGUGUGUCUCCAUCUUGGAUCUGGCCCCUCCAGUUGAACAGCACCUCCAUUAAUAAUGACUAGUCUUUCUUGUCUCUGCUGGCUGCAUGAGGACAGCUGCUGCUUGGCUGGAGCCAUCGUCUCCUCCUUCCUAGAUUUUAUCAUGAUCAUGGUUGUAACUGAGCCAAGGAACUGUCGCUAUGUUCCCUGAUGUUUUAUCACUGCAUUGGGAGACAAGAAAGAAAAAAACAAGAAAAAAAAUAGGGAGAAAAUAAAUACCAAAAAAGCCUUUGUUGCAACUAGGUGUGUACACUGUGUUAUUUCUUAUUUGCUGGUCCUGGUAAAAUGACCAGAGUUUAUUUUUGGGAGAAGUGCCGUUAUUAUAAGUAGGGUCCUCUACAGCUGGCACCCUCACAGCUGUGCUUAGAUUCUGUCUGCAGUGCCACGCUGUGCCACACCGAACAAAGACGCUUUCAUCGGCUCAUCUGCUUGUUUUUUAUUACUUGUUUUUGCAGGAUAAUAAUGUUUCCUAACAGGAAGACAACAGAAGAGAGCUGCAGCACCAAACUGCUUGUGAUGAAAGUUUAGUCCUUUCUCUUCUUUUUUUAAUCUUUUUGUUUUGAUGUUUAAAAUAAAAUUAGAAUUUGUUUUCAAGAGUGCUGCCAUCAAGAGCAUGAUUUCCAGGAGGUUUGAGUGUAGUGUACCCUAUGAAAUGCUUUGUCUCAUUUUAUUUCAACUUGAAUUGAACUAAGUACUUUGCAGAAAUGCUUUUGGGGGAGGGUCUUUGGCUCAGCUGUUUUCUUUGUCUGUCAUUGUGGUUGUUCUCAUGCUUUUCACUUGUUUUUUCUCUGUCAUUGUGGUUCUCAUGCUUUUCACUUGUUUUUUCUCUGUCAUUGUGGUUCUCAUGCUUUUCACUUGUUUUUUCUCUGUCAUUGUGGUUCUCAUGCUUUUCACUUGUUUUUUCUCUGUCAUUGUGGUUCUCAUGCUUUUCACUUGUUUUUUCUCUGUCAUUGUGGUUCUCAGGCUUUUCACUUGUUUUUUCUCUGUCAUUGUGGUUCUCAUGCUUUUCACUUGUUUUUUCUCUGUCAUUGUGGUUCUCAUGCUUUUCACUUGUUUUUUCUCUGUCAUUGUGGUUCUCAUGCUUUUCACUUGUUUUUUCUCUGUCAUUGUGGUUCUCAGGCUUUUCACUUGUUUUUUCUCUGUCAUUGUGGUUCUCAUGCUUUUCACUUGUUUUUUCUCUGUCAUUGUGGUUCUCAUGCUUUUCACUUGUUUUUUCUCUGUCAUUGUGGUUGUUCUCAUGCUUUUCACUUGUUUUUUCUCUGUCAUUGUGGUUCUCAUGCUUUUCACUUGUUUUUUCUCUGUCAUUGUGGUUCUCAUGCUUUUCACUUGUUUUUUCUCUGUCAUUGUGGUUCUCAUGCUUUUCACUUGUUUUUUCUCUGUCAUUGUGGUUCUCAGGCUUUUCACUUGUUUUUUCUCUGUCAUUGUGGUUGUUCUCAUGCUUUUCACUUGUUUUUUCUCUGUCAUUGUGGUUCUCAUGCUUUUCACUUGUUUUUUCUCUGUCAUUGUGGUGGUUCUCAUGCUUUUCGCUUGUUUUUUCUCUGUCAUUGUGGUUCUCAUGCUUUUCACUUGUUUUUUCUCUGUCAUUGUGGUUCUCAUGCUUUUCACUUGUUUUUUGUCUCCAUUUGAUGUGCUUUGCUUUCCAAAGGGAAUGAUAUUCAACACCAUGCUAUCAUGCCAUCUCCUUCAACACCCACAUUUUGACCAUACCAUACUGGAUUACACAUGGUGAGGAUUAGGUGUCCUCAACCAGCAUGUUAAAUCCAUCCCUCUGUAAACUGGAUAUAAUGCAUUCAAAUCCUUUUCAGUGUUUCUGAAGCCUAUUUGUCAUGUAGGAUUCAUCAGUAUUCUGUCCUGAACCAAUGCUACCCUUUAUAACAGAGCAACAGUUUAACCAGGGAGAUAUUAAAGACCCACGCUUUUACAGUUGCUUGGUGUUACAAUGAACCCUUCAUCUGUCUCUUUAGUAUUUAUGAAUUAGCAUUAAUGAAUUUAGCAGGCCUGCCAAAAUGUGUAUUAUCCAUCUGUACAUGGCAAGUGGGGCCGAAAGGAUUUUGUUGAUACUCUGCGUGAAGGGAUAAGUUUGGUGUGAUUGUAUUACACAUGAUUUUUAAAGACACUCGUCUAUCACAUCCCCUUGUUCUCUAUGCCAGGGUUUCCCAAACUCGGUCCUGCCCCUCCACCAGGUGCAGGUUUUGGUUUUUGUCCUAGCACUACACAGCGGAUUCAAAUAAUCAAAGCUUGAUGAUGAGUUGGUUAUUUGAAUCCACUGUGUAGUGCAUGUGCAAAAAACUAAACCAGGACCGAGUUUGGGAAACCCUGCUGUAUGCAGUCAAUGUGAGUUUUAAAAGGAAUUUUAAACUUUUAUGAUGUCGUUGUAUGAUACUCUUAAACCUGAGUCAUCAUAAAACACCUGGGGGAAAAAAUGAAAACAAAGAAAUUAGUGAACAUAACAUUGCUGACUGUACACAUUAAUAUAUAUAUGUAUAUAUGUAUAUAUAUGUAUAUAUAUGUAUAUAUAUAUAUAUAUAUAUAUAUGUAUUGAUUCAUACUAGCUUUCAAAAUAGUUCAUGUUUAUCUUCGUUAUUGAACAAAAUGACCACUUGUUAUAAGUAAUAAUUUUGCAUUACAGUUUAAUAUAUUGUAAAUAAAUGACGGCUCCAGACUGUAA